GGAAACAUUUGACAAUUUGUUUUCCCCUGAGGUCUCAGCUAGCCUUUCACGCUCUUGACAAUGACUGCACAAUCAUCAUCACAAUUUUUGCGGGCACUUCCGGGUUUCUGGGUCCUAAUGACAGGCCUACAAUUUAUGAAUUUGAAAUAGGGCCUAAAUCAGGAGUUCCAUCCAUUAUGUACAUGUACACGUAUCUCACUAAUUCUACAUUGCAUUGGUUUUCCUGAAGUUGAAAGGAGCCAUCAAUUUUGGCUCAUUGAGACAACUGACCAACUGAUCAUCCAGCAGACCACAACAAAUCCAUGAUGACGAGCGUAACAUUGAUUGACACAUCCAGAGCUGACCCCUCCAUCAUCCGCCUGGCUGUGGAGAUGGAGGGAAAGAUUGGGCAACUCUAUUGCUGGGAUCAGAACAAAUCUCUAACCACCAUUGUGGAGGAGGUGUGCCAGAUGUACAACAUUGGCAAUCCAGGAGACUAUGCAUUGCAACACACUGAUGAUAAACUGACUUACAUCACAGAGGACAACCGCAGUGACCUCACCAAUGGCAUUGUCCUGAAGCUGACCGAUUCGCCGGGUAAAACUGCCCAAGAUGUGUUCGGCACCCUGCAGUCAGAGAGUCCCGAGGACAUCCAGCGUGCACUGCAGAGACUCUCCAAGGCCUCUGCCGAUAUCACUUUUGCUCAGGAGUUCUGCUCCCGGGGCGGAGGGGAGUUACUCAUUGGAAUGGUAGAGGAAGGUUCGGAGCAAGGAGAAUCACUUGCUUAUACUCUGGCAAGUUUCCUUGAGUUGAUGGAGCAUUCCAUUAUUCCGUGGGAGAACAUCACAAACAAGUUUAUCAAGAGGAUUGCAUCUUAUGUCAAUCGCACACAUUCAGCUGUGCUGCAGCCUGGUGAUAGCACAGUCACACUCAAGGCGUUGGCUAUCUUAGAGAGUCUUGUCUUAAGCAGACGACAUGUGAUUCCAUGUUCACCGGAGAUCGCUGAUCUUUACAACACCAUUGCCAAUGAACUCACCUUCCCAAAUCUAGUACCCCAUCUGGAGAGCAACAAGCACCCAGUGAUUCAGCAAUAUUGUCUGGCACUGAUGAAUGCACUAUGCUUGAGGGCACCAGAAGACCGUAAAAAGAAAUUGGAGGAUGCCCUUUCCUCGAAGGAGAUCAGAACAGUGAUAAUGGAGAAAAUUGUCCGUUCUCAGACCGUUGGCACGGAAAUGCAGCACCAGCUGUACGUCUUUCAGCAGUUGACCUUCAACCUCUUAGAGAAGAAGAUGAACACCAAGAUUGAUCCCAACAAUGAGAAACACAGAGAGAACAUCAUUGACCUCCGGCGGAUAGCCUUUGGUACUGAUUCCGAUGCCCGAAAACCUGGUGUCUCGUCAGUCAUCAAUGAUUACAAGAAACUUGGGUUCACAAACAUAAGUAAUCCUACCAUGGACUUUAUGAUUGUACCGCCUGGAAUACUAGCCCUAGACUGCAUGUACUACUUUGCUACUACACACAAUGAGAGUUAUUCCAAGGUUGUCUUAGAAAACUCUUGCCGAGCAGAUGAACAUGAAUGUCCGUUUGCAAGAACCAGCAUUGCACUUACCAAAAUUUUGUGUGAAAUCCUAAAAGUUGGUGAAGCACCUACCGAGACCGGCCAGGACUACUACCCAAUGUUCUUCUCCUGUGACAAUGCGUUCAAGGAGUUCUUCUGUCAGUGCAUCCGUCUCUUUAACAAGACCUGGAAGGAAAUGAGAGCCGAGUUGGAGGACUUUCCAAAGGUGAUGAGCGUUGUCAAGGAACAAAUUGAGCGUGCUCUGAAGAGUCAUUCUCCCUCCAUGGACCAGUUCUGGUCCAAGUUGCUUCAUUUUGACUAUUCCCAGAUUCUCAAGCUGAGACAGCAGGAACGCUCAGACAAAGAGGAAUGGAACUCCCAGGCGACGCCCGUUGUUGAGCUGCGGGAAGAGAUUAAGCCAGAGAUAAUGGAACUGAUUAAGCAGCAGCGACUGAAUUACCUCAUGAAGGGAACGCAGUUCAACAAGUACAACAAGUCAGGGAGGGCAAAAGACAAGUUUUGGUAUUGUCGACUGACUCCCAACCACAAGGUGCUUCACUACGGUGACAUUGACGAGAACACUGUACCAGCUGCAGAGACGCUUCCGAACAAACUUCCAGUUUCUGAAAUCCAGGAUGUGUUAGUGGGGAAAGACUGCCCUCAUGUCAAACAAAUCAGGGGCAAUGUCACAUCGGCUUUCUCUAUCCUUCAACAUCUGCCUGAGCAACAUCUGGACUUUGUGGCACCAAAUCAAGAAGCUUUUGACAUGUGGUAUGACGGCAUCAACGCCUUGCUGGGCAAAGCAAUGGUUAGCAAACAAACGGAGGAAGACCUGGAGAUGCUGUUGAGCAUGGAGAUCAAGAUGCGUCUCCUGGAUACAGCCAAUGUCCCCAUCCCAUCGGAACCCCCGCCCAUUCCCCCACCACCUCCAGAUUACAACUUCUACUACGACUCGCUCUGAAGUCAGACCACUGUUCAACGAGCUGACUUUGCUAAGCUAGAAAGGUGGUUUGUGUAUAAAGUUGAGCAGGAUGCUAGAGGGAUGGCUUUUUGUGUCGUCAGAUAUCGAGACUCACUUUCUAACUCCAGAAUCAGAACAAAAAUGAGUUGAUUCUUUCAUUGCUGUGGUAGUGUGAUUCUCAUUUUCUUCAGCAUAAUGCAUUUCUCGUUUCCAGCAUAAUGCCUAAGUCAUGGCCAUUUUCACCCUGUGAAGGUGCCGUCUUGCAUGUAAGACUCAUCUGUGAAAACAUGUGUUUCCACAUCUGUCUCUCUGAGCUAGUGCUGGCCGUACAGUUAAAGUUAGGAAGGAAAAGGGAAUGUUUGCAGCCUCAUAGGCUAAAGGGUAAAUUGAGAUUUGGGUUUUUCCAACCUGUGAAUGUGAUGUCAGAUAUGUUUGAGGGGAAAGUUGGGGGGGGGGAUAGUUGGUCCUUCUGGCGAUAGAUUUGUGUCCUUUAUCCUACUUUCCAUUUUUUAUGUUGCAUCCUGCAGAUUUGCAAGAGAUGUAAUAUUUGCUAAAAUAUACAAUCUUAAGUGUUAGGUGUACUCCAGUGAGGUAAAUGCAUAGUUCAGGCUUUAUUGCAAGAUAAAAUAUGUUGUAUUUAUUUAGGUUUGGGUUUUUUUAAACUGCAAAGCUUUUGGUACUUUGCCUUGGAAUUUUCAAGUUGAUUUUUGUACAUGUGUUUUUUGUUUUCAGCUGUACACAGGCUUUUGUGAUGGAAAUAACUACAAUGAGUCCAAGGAUAUGCUUUUAGUUUCAUAUGCAUUUCUAUAUGCUCUCAGUAUAAAUCUGGGAUUAUUCAUCAGGUCUUUAUCAUGACCCCUUUUUGAUAAAUAUACUUUAAAAUAUCUGGCCAUAUAUUGAAAAUUUCUGCUUUUGUGAACUGAUGAAUUUUGCGUUCAGUUGUGUUGAUAAUACUUUCAUAAGGUGGACAUUGUGUGUAGGGUUGCCUUUCGCAACAUAAUAAAAAUCUAAGAGUUGGUCAAUCUUACCGACUUGGUUCUGUGAAAUCACACAUUUGACUGGUUUUUCUGUAGAUCAGGUGUUAGUUGUAUUUUUCUACUGUAUGAAACAUUUUGUUAUAUCAGGAAACUUGUAGGCAGAUCUGGCGGGAAGAAUUAGAAUUAGAAGCCAUUACUGUGGGGCAUCCUGUUUGCAUGCAGGUGGUACCUUUGCGUUACAUUCCUCUCCGACCAAUAGGGUGGCGUGACUUGCUGCAGUGCUGCAUGCUCAGGUUAAGACAUGUGCAUGAGUUGGAUCGCUUGCCAGGUAUGGCGUCUAAUCAGAUUUGUCUAUAGGGAAAGGCUGUUGGGUACCACGGUGAAGUGGAACAUUUAUUAUUUCUUUCCCUAUGUAUUCUUCAAAAGAAUCUUACCAGUGUGAAAUGUUUCAAAGUGGGAAUAAUUCCUCCUGUGCAGUAGCUUAGUAGUGCUGAAUUAUUGCUGAUAAUAUUCAAUACCACAUUUGUACAAAGGCAAGCUUAGGCCUCUAAAUUGCCAGAGUUGUAAUACAGUACACUAACAAAAAGGGAAAUAAAAAGUCAAUUGUAAGUCCAAAA